CCCCCCUCCAUCGCUCCAUCCUUUCUCCGUUCAAGGAGUGUGGAAGCAGGAAGCUUAUGCUACCUUGACUAAUUAGCAAGGGAGAGUAGUAUUAGUAGGAUCCGUAGGUUCUUUUUGGUAGCUAGGUUGAUUAGGUGAAGAUGUUGGCGGUGUUCAGCGGCGAGGUUGUGGAGGUGCCGGCGGAGCUGGUGGCGGCCGGCAGCCGGACGCCGUCGCCCAAGACCAGGGCGUCGGAGCUCGUCAGCCGCUUCCUGGGGAGCUCGGAGCCGGCCGUGUCCAUGCAGCUGGCCGACCUCGGGCACCUCGCCUACUCCCACACCAACCAGGCCCUCCUCCGCCCAAGGUCGUUCGCGGCAAAGGACGAGAUCUUCUGCCUGUUCGAGGGGGUGCUGGACAACCUGGGGCGGCUGAGCCAGCAGUACGGGCUGUCCAAGGGCGCCAACGAGGUGGUCCUCGUCAUCGAGGCCUACAAGACGCUCCGGGACCGGGCGCCAUACCCGGCCAGCUUCAUGCUCUCCCAGCUCACCGGCAGCUAUGCCUUCGUUCUCUUCGACAAGUCCACCAACUCCGUGCUCGUCGCAUCCGAUCCCGAGGGCAAGGUGCCGCUCUUCUGGGGGAUCACUGCAGAUGGCUGCGUCGCCUUCUCUGACGACAUUGACAUGCUCAAAGGAUCAUGUGGCAAGUCACUUGCACCUUUCCCACAAGGUUGCUUCUACUCUAACGCUCUUGGAGGCUUGAAGUGCUAUGAGAACCCCAAGAACAAGGUGACUGCUGUUCCUGCAAACGAAGAAGAAAUCUGUGGUGCAACUUUCAAGGUGGAAGGCUCUACAGUCCUCACAGCACUGUAAUUUUAGGUGGAGAUGUUCGUGUGGAUGCGGGGCAUUGCAAAACUCUGUACAUGGUGGUGUAACAUAAUGGCUCCCGUAAAGAAGAGAAGUACUGCCAACGCGGCAAGAACUCCAUGUUCAUCAGUGUUGUUGGUUGUGUGUGUAUGUGCUGUAUCCCUAGUUGUUCAACUUGCAUGGAACUUGAGAGUUGAGACCAGGUGCUGCUAAUCGAUCAGUGUUGCAUGAAUGAAGUUGUGUGUAUCUGCAGCAAAUAAUGAAGCUUUUACUUCUCCA